AUGCAGCUCCAGGUCGCGGUGCGAGGGCAAGAGCGGACGGCACGGUCUGUGGCGCAUGUGCAAUUGGCCAUUGCUGCGUCGGGCUGGACCUGUCUGCCAAGCCCUCAUGAUGGUGAGGAUGCUGUGGUGCGCGAUGCAGAGGGCACGCAGCAUGCGCUGCUCACGGGACAUGCCGCUCCAGUGCGCGCGGCUGCCUUUUGUGAGCCCCCGCGGGCGCGCACGCCGCUCCUAGUGGCCACUGCAUCGGACCGGACCGUUUUGCUGUGGAAUCUUCAGACGGGGGGUUGUGUGCGUGUGGCAGACGAUCUUGGUGCGCCCGAGUGGCUGGCCUUUAAUGUGGCUGGUGAGGCUCUCGUCGUGUGUGCUGGUCGUGAAGCAUACGUCUUUCGCGUAGCCCCCUCUGGUCCCGCCGAGUUGGCCUGCGUCUUGGAGCACGGAGCUGGCGUCUUUGCCGCCGUCUUCUUGUCCUGGUGCAGCGAUCUUCUCGUCACCUGUGGCGAGGAGCGGCGCUUGGCCCUAUGGGAUGUGCGCUUGGCGACCCUCGUCCAUCAAACCAGCAUCGUGUCCUCUGCCCCACUGGCUAGCCUGGCGCUCCGCCCGUCUACCCAGAGCCUUGUUGCCGCGGAUUGCUGCGGUCGAUUGUUCUUUUUCAACGGUGCUGAUGGGAGCGGCCUGCGCUCCACGGGUGACCUGGACGUCCGUCAACAUGUCCAGCGCCACGAGGCUCAGCGCCUGGCACGGGAGCGCCAAGCACAAAGCAUGGCCCAGAGUCAAUUGAGCACCGCUACUCGUGCCUCCGUCCUCCCCAAGUGGAAGUCCGGCUCGGUGGGCCCCGCUGCAAACACCGCCGCAGACUUUGACAACGGUGCUGGUGGUCUGACGCUGGCCGAUGAUGAUUUGCAAGUGUUGGCCAUGAGCGUUGUUCCGUGGACACGAGACACGGGCGCGACACCAAACGCUGCGGGGGUGGACGCACAGACCGACUCGCUGGCAGCCGCCUUUUUGCGCGACAUUGGUGGACUGACACUGGACCACCAAAGCGACCCCGGCAUCCAUCAGCAGGAUCUUCUUCUUCUUUGCUUGCCCUCGCUCAUGGCCGUGCUGAAUCUUGAUGCCUUGACCAUGGAUGUGGUUGUGCGGUGGCCCGACUUGAAUCCCGAUCUUCCUGCGUGCCUGGCUGCUGCUGCCUUGGCUCCUGUUGAAUCUGGUCUCGAGUCCAUACCUGCUGUGUUUGGGGCUGCCUUUGCACGUGAGGUGUCCGUUGUCCAACUGACCUGCGACGCAGAGUUAAAAGGCACCGGUUCGUCUGGCGCCGGCGCCCAGAGCAAUGGCAGGGGUACAAAUGGCACAGGUCUGGCUGGCGACAAUAGAAUAACAAGUUUGGCCAUGAUGGCCCGGGGCGAGCUGGCGGCUGAUUCGCCUCUCCGGGCCUCCAUGCAGCCCAAGGCCAAAGCUGUUGAGUCGGGCCGACGUGCCAAGCGCGGUCCAGCUAGCACCAGUCGAGGCCGUGCUCGAGGCCAGGGACGAGGCGGCAUCCGGGAUCAGCCGCUCACCUUUGGUCACGGCAUCAAGUCUUCAGGUCUGUCUUUCGUGCUCGCUGUCACCCAACCAGGGAAGGCUCGUCAUGUUCAUGCCGGUUUAACGCUGCCAUACUUGAAAAUCUUUGACGUUUGGGUAGGGUACGGCUCUGAGGCACCGCGCAAGAUGUUUGUGCCCCAAACGCGGCCCAAGAGGCCACACGGCGUAAGCCGCCUUGCCUUCUCCGUUGACGGUGCACAUUUUGCUGCGGCCGUAUCGGAUUAUGCCGUCCGUGCCUUUCGCAGUCCGCUGGGGCGUGGUCGCGAACCUCGCAUCUUUCUUGGUCACAACGGCCAGAACUUUCGACACCUGCAGUUUUACUACAUGGACAAGUUUCUGUUGGCCGCUCACGGCAACGUCGUGACACUGUUCAAGUACUACAUUGAUCCCAAAGGUGCGUUGGCCUAUCACGUGAGCGACGACUCUCGUCUGGUCUGCGAUUGUGCUGAUCAAAGUCAAACCGGAACACAGGCAUUGACAGCGGCGGCAGCCAUCAAUAGCUUUCAUAGCCACCUGGUCUUUGCGGCGGGUACGGACCGGAGCCUGACUGUGUUUGACAUGAACAAGGCAUGUACGGCCCGUGUGUACACCCAGGCCAACGCCAAAGCGCCACAUCGCAUCGUCCUGAAUGAGGGGUCCUCUUUUACCACGCAGUCGCCAGAUGCAUACAACCUAUUUGCCACGGCCAGUGUGCUGGAUGGCAUUGCCUUGUGGGACUUGCGAACGGAUCGGUGCGUGCGGCGAUUUACUAGCCACGUGAGUCGGGCACACCCAACGGGCUUUGCCUGGCGCCCAGAUGGCAUGUAUCUAGCAGCUGGUUCUGAGGACCGCUGCGCGUACAUUUAUGACAUACGCAUGCUGAUUUUGAAAAUCGCGGCGGAGGCAGGUGCUCCUGGCCUCGGAGAUGUGCGCCAGCCCUGGUUCUGGGCCAUUGUGGCCGUCACCUACAUCAUCUACUUGAUUGAGGUCGGAUGCUCCAACCACGGUUCCUACGUGCGGAACAAGCUGACGCCUGCUGCUGUCCAAGCACACGUCGCCCGCACGCAUCGCACACCGCCCACGAUUCAAUUUUCCAUUCAACACUGCUCAAGGCAUUUUUUCCUCAUCAUGAUCCUUUGGGGGUGCAUACCUGCAUAUCGACUCCACCCGGCGCGCAGCUACGAUCUCACGCAGGUCCAUAUGAGUCUCAACGUCAAUUUUCAGCCACAGGCCCUGCAACGUUACAAUGCCACCAAGAAUCACUUUAUCCGAAGCAAUCACAGGGAUAUUCACUACGAUUUCCACGAGCCCAAGACGGUGGCGGGUUGGAUUUCUCGCUGUCUUUGUGUUCGAGAGACGGCCGAGAUGCCCUGCUCGGGCAAUCACAGUGUCUACUGGUUGUUCUCGCUCGUGGGUUUAUCCUUCCCCGUGCGGGUUCACUUUUCCAGCUUUACCGGCAAAUAUCGCUAUGUGUUUUCCAAGAUGCUGCUCGACUGAGUCGAAUCGAAUGGCGCGCCCAAUCAGGCCAUAGCCUGGUUGAUUUCUCAUUUUGCAUUCUUAUUACCCGCGUAUCAGUAUCUUGAUGACCCUGGUACCCUAAAUUCACACGAUCUAUCCU